AUGGAUUUAUCUGAUAGUUUUGACAUAGCAAAACAAUCUGGUGUUAGGGGAGGGGCUGAACAAUUUAAUUGGGACAGUCUAAGAUCGAUUCCUAGGAAAGAAAGGGAACACUAUCUUGGUCAUAGUUUGCAUUACAAUCGUUCUAGAGAGAAGAGCAGAUUUAAGAGGAAUGAUUGGUACAGCAAACUUUAUAAAUCAAAACCCGAGCAAAAAAGUGCUUCAGAAUUUCAGAAUGAGCGUGAACGUAUAAUUAACAAAGAGCAAAAAAUUAUGAAUAAACUACUCGGAAUUCCAGACAAUACCGAAAGUAGCGAAUACAUAAAAGAUGAGAGUUCCAAGCCAGAUAAAAGUUCAGGUACUAAUAUUCAAGAAUUUCAAGAAAUUCAUAUAAGUGAUGAAAAAGGAAAUAGAGAACGAAUUCAUAUAAAUAAGAAGGAAUUUUGUAAAAACCCCAAGAGAAUAAAAAGAAGGUCUUUUAGUAGAUCUCUAUCAUUUUGA